UCUUCUUCGCCCUGCGCGCCGGGAGCCACCAGUCACUCGUCUCCAUCAUGGCGGCCCGUGUCCUGACUCAGUGCGUCCGCUCAGUCGUCCGGCCCUCGCUGCGGCUCCGCCCCGGCGGCCUGGCGCUCAGAGCCGCUGCGGCCCCGGCAGCAGCCGUCCACCGACCCAUCUCCUUCACCGCGGACAGCCGGAGGACGCGGUGGCUCAGCCCGGUGUCCUCGGUGGGCGUCUCGUGCAGACAGUAUGGAGACCUGCCCCCGCUCACCUUGGAGACCAUCAAAGACCGCGUCAUCUAUGUGCUCAAGCUCUACGACAAGAUCAACCCGGAGCAGCUGCAGACAUCCUCCCACUUCAUGAAAGACCUGGGUCUGGACAGCUUGGACCAGGUGGAGAUCAUCAUGGCCAUGGAGGAUGAGUUUGGUUUUGAGAUCCCAGAUGCAGAAGCAGAGAAGUUGAUGACUCCUGAGGAGAUUGUACAGUACAUCGCAGACAAGAAGGAUGUUUAUGAAUAAUCUGUUCUAUAGCUCACAACAGAGAGAGUUUGACCCCAGCGUGACCCAAACAGGAAGUACUUGUGACGCAGAUGGGGGCCAAAGCAUUUUCACACUUCCUCCCUGUCAGCUCUUCUGUCUUGUAACGGCGUCAGCUGCGGUGUCUUGUGUUUAACUGUAUUUAAAUGGACAUGUGUUUUGGGAGCCUGGAGAUAAAACUAAAUAAUACACAAGGUUAUCUCACAAAUUUGAGUUUUUGUUCUUCUUCAGCUCCACCCUGUGGUUCCGAUGUAUAAUUUCUCAUGAAUAGAUCAAUAAAGACACAUGCUGUGUA